GAUCCGUGACCUGCAAUUAUUCAUAUUCAAUUCUCCUAAAACAAAGACUAGCUCUUUCAUAACUUUCUUUAAAGCAACGAGGAACCAGUGCACCUGUUUUUCUCAACGCACGAGGAAAUGUUACAUUUGCUAACCGGGCGUUAGCUUAAUUGACUGAGUAGCUAGCUUGGGGGCUAGCUAGGUGUAGCAUCUGGAUUUCAUUUUUACUAUUGACGCUUGACUCUCGCCUGAAUCUCACUUGUGGUUGACAUGUAUUCUACAACACAUUUGAAACAAGAAGCACCGGUCCUGUCUAUCUGAGAAGCUGCAUGACAGGUUAAUUGGUAUGUCGUGAAGACUCCUGGUUUAGACGGGAUACGUUAUCACCGAAAAACGAAACUAGCUAUUGUUUUUUAAUGUUUCAGUCUGUUCUUGCUAACAGGCAUUGUAACUUCUGGUAGCCUUUUGGAGCUUUUAUUGGCAUGACACCUUAGCUAUGACUGCUUGCAUGUGUGAAGCAGGAGCAUGAGUGUGCGCCUGGACGGGAGAAGAUGCCACCCUCUUUCACCGAGCAUUGUCCGGCUUAUCCUAUCGAUUAGCUGACCGACACUUGCUGGAGAGGACUGGGGAGCUACCGUGUGUGAGAAGCCUUCUGCUUUCGGCGUUAUCAAUUAAUCUCGUCCUGCUCGUCUGUCCCAUGGCUGCUGUCGGUGGUGUGAACAUGCUCGGGGACGUGGCACUGGCAGGUCCUGCAGGGCUGCUGCCCGCCGUGUCCUUCACCAACACCUCGGUGUUGCCGACACCAGGUACUGAUACCCGGGGCUGCGAGAAUGGCGCCUUAAUGGACUCGUUUGGGAUUUUCCUGCAAGGACUUCUGGCCAUGAUGGCUUUCAGCAUACUGAUGCUGAAACGCUUCAGGGAGCCAAAGCAUGAGAGGAGACCCUGGAGGAUCUGGUUCCUGGACACCUCGAAGCAGGCCAUUGGGAUGCUGUUUAUCCACUUUGCUAAUGUCUACUUGUCUGACCUCACAGAAGAGGAUCCUUGCUCACUAUACCUCAUUAACUUCCUGUUGGACGCGUCUCUGGGCAUGCUGCUGAUCUAUGCUGGGGUGAGAGCCGUCAGUGCCAUCGUAGAGUGGAGGCAGUGGGAAUCUCUGCGUUUUGGGGAAUAUGGAGAGCCGGUGCAGUGCACAGCCUGGUUGGGCCAGUGCAUCCUCUACAUCCUCAUCAUGAUGUUUGAGAAAGUCCUCAUCAUGCUGGUCCUCCUCAUCCCUCAGUGGAAGAAGCUGGCUCUCCUCAACCCCAUAAAGAACCCAGACCUGGAGCUGGCCAUCGUCAUGCUCAUCGUUCCGUUCUUCGUCAACGCCCUCAUGUUCUGGGUGGUAGACAAUUUCCUCAUGAAGAAGCACAGGACAAAAGCAAAGCUGGAGGAGCGAGAGGAGGACUCGCGGGGGAACAGCAAGGUGCGCUACAGACGAGCUCUGUCCCAUGACGACUCCGAGUCAGAGAUCCUUUUCUCAGCGGACGAUGAAAUGGAUGAGUCGGACGAAGACGAUGUCCGCCGUCUCACCGGCCUGAAGACGGUGAAGAAGAAGAAGCUUCGCAUGGGGAUCCCUCCAGGUGAGGUGAAGAGGAAGAAGCGUCCCCCGAUGAAGGAGGAGGACCUGAAGGGAGCUCGCAGCAAACUGGGACUGAAGGGCGAGGUCAAGAGUAAGACCUAUGAGGUCAUGGUGGAGUGUGAGCGUAUGGGUAAAGUGGCUCCGUCGGUGUUCUGCGGAGUGAGGACAGGGACGGAGACGUCCCUUGGGAAGCCUGCUGCUGCCAAAGCUCCUGGAGCCAGUGUGUUCAGCAAGUAGACAAAAGCACUGAAGAAAACACACUUUAUGAUCUUAUGGUGAUGCUGCUUUUUUAAUGUAAUAAACAAGGAUUUAGGAUAGGUAAAUGGGCUAGCUUUAUGCCAGCAAGGUGUGUUGACUUUACUAUGUAAGCAGUUUUUGUACUUUGUUAUUUGCGUAGUGGAUCAGUCUUGUCUGGGAUUAAUGUGUCUGAUGCUCUGUGAAGGAGUAGUGAAAUGUAUUUAUGAUUGUUGAAACAUUUGAUUUCUUCUUUUUUUAAACCAAACAUUUUUCUUGAAUAAACUAUUUCCCCCUGUA